ACCUUUGAAACUAGUGUGUUCAUGUGACAAGCGGGAGCUGUUGGUGCCAAUGAAAUGCUCAGUAACGACAGAUAGACAGACAGGACACUGCAAGGUAUUGAAUGUCAACUGAAGCUACAGACCAUUUUAUGUUAUAAAGAUCCGUGAGACAACAGAAACUCAAAGAUGUCGUACUCAUUUUCAGACCAAGGAAAUGAUUCACCACCAAGAAAUGACGAUGAAGAUAAGGAGAACACAAUCAAAAUUCUCAUUGCAACGGAUUGUCAUAUCGGAUAUGCUGAAAAGGAUGGAGUCAGACACAGCGAUUCCCUCAACACUUUUGAAGAGAUCCUUCAACACGCCCAGAAACAAAAGGUCGACAUGAUCUUGCUCGGUGGUGACCUCUUCCACGAGAAUAAACCAUCCAGGAAGUCCCUGCAUGGCUGCAUGGCGUUGAUUCGUAAAUACUGUAUGGGAGAUCGUCCAGUUGGAAUACAGUUUCUGAGCGAUCAGAGUCUGAAUUUUGCCGCCAGUCCGUUUCCUGUUGUGAACUACGAGGACCCAAACAUCAAUGUGGACACACCUGUUUUCUCUAUCCACGGUAAUCAUGACGACCCAGCAGGACUGGGUAACCUGUGUGCCUUAGACAUACUUAGCGUGUCCGGGUUGGUCAACUACUUCGGCAAGUGUAACUCACUGGAGAAAAUAGAUGUGAUUCCAUUAUUGAUACAGAAGGGAACGACGAGGCUGGCCCUUUAUGGAAUAGGCUCAGUCCGUGAUGAGAGAAUGCAUCGUAUCUUUGUCAAUAGAAAGAUCAGGUUCUUCCAGCCCAAAGAUGAGAGUACCCCAUGGUUUAGUCUCUUGACCCUACACCAGAACAGGACAAAGCACGGAGAGACAAACUACAUUCCAGAGCAGUUUCUUCCAGAUUUCCUUGAUCUCGUCUUGUGGGGUCAUGAACACGAGUGUAAGGUGGAACCCGUCUGGAACGAUCGGCAAAAUUUUUUUGUCACCCAGCCGGGGAGCAGCAUCGCUACAUCACUCUCCCAGGGAGAAGCAGUUCAGAAACAUGUCUGUCUUUUGCAAAUCCGAGCCAAAGCGAUGAAGUGUACCAAGAUACGCCUCGAGACGGUUCGUCCGUUCUACAUGAGAGACAUCACCCUAAUGGAUACAGACAUGAACCCUAACCACGCUUCGGCCACAGAACAUGUGGAGGCAUUCUGUGCCGAAAAGGUCGAGGCGUUGAUUUCGCAGGCUGAGGAUGAAAUGUCGGGACACCCCAAACAACCCAAACUACCCCUCAUCAGAUUAAGGGUGGAUUACAGUGGUGGGUUUGAAACCUUCAACAUCAACCGCUUCGGCCAGAAGUUUGUCAACAGGUUAGCCAACACAAAGGACAUUGUACUGUUCCACAAACGGAAGUUACAAGCGGGAAAGAGGGAAAGAAAACCCAGUGAGGAGGACAUGGACAAUUAUCUGAGGCCAGACGCUCUGGAUGCAGGAAGAGUAGAGGAUCUUGUGAAACAAUACUUCACCGAUGCUGAUGAGCAUAAGAAACUCAGUCUUCUGUCGGAGAAAGGUCUCGGCCAAGCCGUCCAGGAGUUUGUGGAUAAAGAGGAGAAGGACGCCAUCUUGGAGCUUGUGAAGUUCCAGCUGGAGAGGACCCAGGGCCAUCUGAAGAGUCGCAAGACAACGGACACUUUUAUUUUGGAAGAGUUGAAGCAUUUUAAGGAUGAGAGGAAGAAGAUGUCAGACGCUGAUGAAGCAAAAGAAAUACGAGGGGUAAUGGAUAAAGCCAAGGAGAAGCGGCAACAGCGUGGUGACUCGACAGGUUUCAGCGACGACGACCAGAGCAGGGCAGACUCCGACGAGAGUGAAUCUUCCAACACCUCAACAACCAGGGGGCGAGGUAGAGGGAGAGGUCGCGGACGAGGUCGAGGGUCAACUGCAAGAGGUCGAGGGUCAACUACCAAAGGGUCAACUGCCAAAGGUCAAGUGUCAAGCGGCGGGACCUUAAAGCAUUUUCUCUCCAAGGAGAAAUUGGUUACGAAUAGUUUUGCUGAAGCAAAGAAAAAGAAGAGCCAAAGCCCAUGGAGUGAUGAUUCUGAUGAAGAAAGUUUGUCUUCCCGCUCAACCCAAAGGUAA